UCACAUCUUUUAUUGAGGAGAAAAUGUACAGCCGAGUUGAACAUCCAGCUGGUGGAUACAAGAAGCUCUUUGAGACUGUCGAGGAACUGUCCUCACCAAUUACAGCUCAUGUCAAAGGCAGGAUUCCAAUCUGGCUCAAAGGCAGUCUCCUCAGAUGCGGGCCUGGAUUAUUUGAGGUUGGCUCAGAACCAUUUUAUCAUCUAUUUGAUGGGCAAGCACUACUUCACAAGUUUGACUUUAAGGAGGGCCACGUCACUUAUUACAGGAGGUUUUUUUCAUACUUCAAAGGUGUAGAGGUCACUGACAAUGCCCUAGUCAAUGUGUAUCCUGUGGGUGAAGAUUUUUAUGCCUGUACUGAAACCAACUUCAUAACAAGGAUUGACCCAGAGAAUUUGGAAACAAUUAAAAAGGUGGAUGUCAGCAAAUACAUUUCAGUCAACGGGGUAACAGCACAUCCUCACAUUGAAAAUGAUGGGACAGUUUUCAAUAUUGGCAACUGUUUUGGAAAGAAUUUUUCACUUGCCUACAAUAUUGUGCGGAUUCCUCCCUUGAAAGCAGACAAGAAAGAUCCAAUAACCAAAUGCGAAGUGGUUGUUCAAUUUCCUUGCAGUGACAGAUUCAAACCAUCUUAUGUUCACAGUUUUGGGCUGACUCCCAAUUACAUUGUGUUUGUGGAAACACCAGUGAAAAUUAAUCUGUUGAAGUUUCUUUCUUCCUGGAGUCUUUGGGGAGCCAACUAUAUGGACUGUUUUGAGUCUAAUGAGAACAUGGGAGUCUGGAUGCACGUAGCUGACAAGAAAAAAGGGAAAUACCUCAACAUCAAAUACAGGACAUCACCAUUUAACCUCUUUCAUCAUAUUAACACCUAUGAAGAUAAUGGAUUUCUGGUUGUGGACUUAUGCACAUGGAAAGGGUAUGAGUUUGUUUACAAUUACUUAUACUUAGCCAAUUUACGGGAGAACUGGGAAGAAGUGAAAAAAAAUGCUCAAAAAGCUCCCCAACCUGAAGUUCGGCGUUAUGUCCUUCCCCUCAAUAUUGAGAAGGCUGACACAGGCAAAAACUUAAUCACAUUGCCUAAUACAACUGCUACUGCCAUUCUGCGCAGUGAUGACACAAUCUGGCUGGAACCUGAAGUUAUUUUUUCAGGACCUCGUCAAGCUUUCGAGUUUCCACAAAUAAACUACACAAAAUAUUCAGGGAAGCUCUACACAUAUGCGUAUGGCCUUGGAUUGAACCACUUUGUUCCGGACAGGCUUUGUAAGAUGAAUGUUAAAACUAAAGAGACAUGGGUGUGGCAAGAAACAGAUGCAUACCCUUCUGAACCAAUCUUUGUUUCUCAACCAGAUGGCCUGGAAGAAGAUGAUGGUGUUAUCUUGAGCAUUGUCAUUAGCCCUGGCAGUGGACCUAAGCCAGCCUACCUUUUGAUCUUGAGUGCAAAGGACAUGAGUGAAGUUGCCAGGGCUGAAGUAGACAUAAACAUCCCAGUUACUUUUCAUGGGCUGUUCAAAAAAGCAUGAUGAUGGCCUUUGGUACAUCAUCACUAAAACCUGCCUUUUAGAGUAAUGGAUGCAGCUCUAAACUGAAUUAAGAAUGGCAAUGAUUUGUAAAAUUAGUUUUAGUAAGAAAGAAUGUGCUCUUUUUUUGAAGUGUUAACACACUGAGAAUCAAGUUAACACUUCAAAAAAGGACACAUCCGUAAAAUUUAAAAUAUGCUUUUGUGAACCUUGUAUAAUAUAAAAUAAAUAUUUUUGGAACUG